AUGGCCGGGUGGGAAGGGGGCAUCCGCGUGCCUGGGAUCUUCCGCUGGCCGACGGUGCUGCAGGCCGGGAAGGUGAUCGACGAGCCCACGAGUCUGAUGGACGUUUUCCCAACGCUGUCUUACGUCGGGGGAGGGAUCUUGCCCCACGACAGGGUGAUUGACGGCCGGAACCUCAUGCCCCUCCUGGAGGGCAGGGUGGCCCACUCAGACCACGAGUUCCUCUUCCACUACUGCGGCACCUACCUGCACACCGUCCGCUGGCACCAGAAGGACUGCGGUACUGUGUGGAAGGCCCACUAUGUGACGCCCAACUUCCACCCCGAGGGAUCCGGCGCCUGCUACGGAAGCGCCCUGUGUUCCUGUUCCGGGGACGUGACCCACCAUGACCCCCCGCUCCUCUUCGACAUCUCCAGAGACCCUUCCGAGUCCCAACCGCUUACCUCCGACAAUGAAGCCUUGUUCGACUCCGUCAUCAAGAAGAUGGAGGCCGCCAUAAAGGAGCACCGCGGGUCCCUGACGCCUGUCCCUCGACAGUUGUCUGUGUUCCACACCAUUUGGAAACCGUGGCUGCAGCCGUGCUGUGGGACCUUCCCCUUCUGUGGCUGCGACAAAGAAAGUGACAUCCUGCCCACCGCUCCGUGAGCGGUGGGGUCACUAGUUACCCACCACAGACCUGCUGUGUCAGUCAGAUUUCCAUUACUGUGACAAAACACCCGAGAAAAGUCCACUUAGCUGGGAAAGAUUCAUUGGGGACUCAUGGUUUGGAAGGUCCAGUCCCUGGUGGCCCACUCCAUGGCUCUGGCCCAAGGGGAGCAGAACAAGAUGGCGGCAGGGCCUGGAGGAGGAGAGCAGCUCAGGACAGGGCACCAGGGAGCAGA